AAAAAAAACGCCUACAGUUGCGCAGUCAUCGUACGGCGCUUUCCGAGGCUCCUGUAUCGCAGCUAUGGCUUCCCUACUCGAACACCAAAACAGCGGCAGCGCUUUAGCUGUGCGCUCGGAGAGCGAGAUGCGCACGCUCGCAUUCAGGCGCAGCGAGCGCGAACUGAGCGUAGGAUUAGAGGUGGAAUGCUGGCUGCCGGACUUGCGCCGCGUGCUGCCGAAACUGCGAUUACUGCGCUCGAACGAGGAGCUAUUCGCGGCCGUCGCCGAGGCGCUCUCGGCGCGGAUAGCUGCUCUCGUUCAUAGACGCGGCGGCGGGGCGCGGCACACGACGAGGAGCCGCCACGUCAGUUCGGAUCGACGCGACUGGGGCCGCCUCUGGACGGCCGCGCCGGACACGUCGAUCGCGCCGUCGCCCUCGGCGGAGAGCCGCGCCCACGACGACGCCCCCUUCCCCUUCGAAGUCGUGAGCCACGUCAUGCGCUUCGACGCCGUGGAUGUGGAAGAAUUCAUCGACGUCGCCGCGGCUUUGCGGCAGCCGCCGCUGAGCGCGAAAACGAACGACAGCACAGGCUUCCACGUGCAUAUUGGAAGAGCGUUCGGCCGCGGGAACUUCUUCGCCAUGGAGGAGGUCGCGGCGGUCGCCAAGGCCUGGUGCACCUUCGAGGAGACGUUGUCGUCGUUUAUUUUGCCGCUCGCGCGGCGCGGCAACGCGUACUGCCGCGACUUGAGGGACAUCUUGGGCGCCGGCGCGCGGCGCGGGUCGUCGACGACGGCCGCCGCUUUACGCCACGUCGACGACGUCGUCGCGCGGCUCCGCGAGUUUCGGCGACGGGGCCUCUCCGAGGCGGCGCGCAAAGGUGGCGUCCGGGGCCGCGUCGGCCGCGACGCUCUAAGGAUGCGCGUCGCCGGCGAUGACGCGCAGUGCGUCAUCAAGAACCGGGGCGUCGACGACUGGCUGACGGCCACGGCGCCGGACGGCGAUGCCUUCUUCGUCCCGCCCGGGUUAGAACUGGCGGUGAUCCGCGACGCGGCGACGGGCGCGGAAGUCUGGCGCCGCGACGCGGCGCAAAGUGGAGGCCAGCAGAUCUGGAGGGCCUUAGGCUGCGAGAGUGAUGGAGACGCGCCGAUGACUCCUACAUUAGCGUUGGACUUUGAUCUGGAUAAGGCGGCGGCGCUCGACAUAGAUGAUGGUCUUGACGCACUGCAUGUGGACGAAGAAGCGACGAGCGUCGACUGCGUCUUCGCCGCACCGCUUGACAUUGAUGAGGACGACGAGCGGCUCCUGCGGCUCUUGCUCGUGCGGUCAUUACUGCCGCACAACGCCAACAAGGUCGGCCCGGAGCCCUCGCGCUACGCGAAGCUUAACCUAACGCGGUGUGUGUUAAAGGCGUCCGAGGCGACGGUCGAGUUUAGAAGUUUCCCCGGCGACGUUUUACAAAGACCCCUCGCGACGCUCGGCUGGGUGCGCUUCUGCGGCGCGCUCGUGACGGCGGCGUGCGCCGGCGCGCCGCUGCCCGACGUCGGCGACGAGGCGGCAUUGUUGCGCUUCGCGGGCCUGCGCGACGACGCGAUGAUGGGCGCCUGGUGGCGCGAGUGCGCGAACCGCGUCCGCCCCGCGGAAUUAGAAUUGGAGACGGUCAUCUCGUCCUUCGCCGAGCGCUUCGAUACGUGGCUCGCCGCGGCGCGGCGUGCAAGCAUCGAGAGUGCCGAGAACGACGACGCGGCGCUCGUGGCCGCGUGCGACGAGUGGCGUUCCGUCUUCGCGGCGACGGCGUCCUUAAGGCAGAUGGUGCCGCCCGACGACGCUCGCGUGUGGGGUCGUGUACAGAGGGCGCAGGAGGAAGCUAGAGACUUCAUCCAGCUGCUCGGUACGCGACUCCUAGAACGCUUGGAUCGGUUCCGCGAGGACCUCACGGCGCGGUGUGAAUGUGCGUUGCGGUGCGGUCUCACGACGACCCACCGCCUGUGCUGCGGCGAGGACUUUGCUAGGGAGUGUGCUGAUGUCCGGGCGUUGCGCGCGGCGGUCGAGGAGACGCGCGGCGCGGACGUGCUGAUGUCGACGGACGCGCUGCCGCGGCUCCGCGCUUCCGUGCUUUCCAUCGACAAGCUGAGCGCGCGGUUGGCGCACCACCUCCUGCUGCUGUGUGAGGGCUUGACGGGCGGCGCGGCUUUGACGAGGAACGGGUCCGGCGUGGACGAGGAGUCGCGCGCCCUGGUCGCCGUGCACGCGUUCCUCGGCGCGUCGCUGACGCGGCCCGACGCCUUCGUCAUCUUCGAGGGCCUCGCCGAGCACGGCUGGACGGACGCGCGGUUCGCGGCCAUCGAGACGGCCGUGGCGCGCGCGCAGAAGAGUGAUUCGCGACGAGUAAGUGUGCGUUGAUUUUG